UCGCCUCCCAAGCUUCAGCCUCAGCCUUUUGCUCAGAGUUUUGGGGACUCUUCACCAUGUCUCGCCAGUCCUGUGCUCUUGGGAAGGGGUUCAGCUCCAGCUCUGUGUGUUUCGGGAGCAAGAACAAGGUCAUGUUUGGCUCCGUGCCCCGUGGAGGAUGCCGGGGAUCUGGUGGUGCUGGUGGCUUCAGCAGCAGGAGCCUCUAUUCCCUGGGGGGCAGUAAAAGCACCUCCCUGGGAGGAUUUGGGGGGGCUGGUGGUGCCUGCAGAGGCUUCGGUGGCCAAGGAGGCUUUGGCUUUGGGGCUGGAGCAGGAUUUGGGGGCGGCUAUGGUGCAGGGUGCUUUGGUGGAGGCCCUGGCAGUGGCUUUGGUGGCUUUGGUGGAGGAUUUGAUGGUGGCAUGGGGGGCCAGGGCUUCCCCCCAUGCCCCCCGGGCGGCAUCAGGGAGGUGACCAUCAACCAGAGCCUGCUGGCCCCCCUCAAUCUGGAGAUUGACCCCGAGAUCCAGAAAGUUCGGACACAGGAGCGGGAGGAAAUCAAGAAACUCAACGACAAAUUUGCCUCCUUCAUCGACAAGGUCCGGUUCCUGGAGCAGCAGAACCGAGUCCUGGAGACCAAGUGGAAGCUGCUGCAGGAGCAGGGUGGUACAGGAACAGGCGGCAGGAACCUGGACCCGUUCUUUGAGACCUACAUCAGUGGGCUGAGGAAGCAGUUGGAUUGUCUCUCCAGUGAGAAGCACCAGCUGGAGACAGAGCUGAAGAGCUUCCAGGACAUGGUGGAGGACUUCAAGACAAAGUACGAGGAGGAGAUAAACAAAAGGACGGCAGCUGAGAACGAAUUUGUGCUCCUGAAGAAGGAUGUGGAUGGAGCCUACAUGACCAAGGUGGAACUCCAGGGAAAACUGGAUUCUUUGUCGGAUGAGAUCAACUUCCUCAAGUGUCUUUACGAGGCAGAGCUGUCCCAGAUGCAGCAGCAAGUGUCUGACACCUCGGUGGUGCUGUCCAUGGACAACAACCGGAACCUGGACCUGGACAGCAUCAUCGCCGAGGUGAAGGCGCAGUACGAGGAGAUCGCCAACCGGAGCCGCGCCGAGGCCGAGUCCUGGUACCGGUGCAAGUAUGAGGAGCUGCAGGCAACCGCGGGCAAGCAUGGCGACAGCCUCAAGGACACCAAGAUUGAGAUCUCAGAGCUCAACCGCAUGAUCCAGAGGAUCCGGGCUGAGAUCGACAGUGUGAAGAAGCAGUGCGAGACUCUUCAGACGUCAAUUGCGGAUGCGGAGCAGCGCGGGGAGGUGGCUCUCAAGGAUGCAAGGGACAAACUGGCCGAGCUGGAGACAGCCCUGCAAAAAGCCAAGGCUGACAUGGCCCGGCAGCUCCGAGAAUACCAGGAGCUCAUGAACGUCAAACUAGCCUUGGACGUGGAGAUUGCAACCUACAGGAAGCUGCUGGAGGGCGAGGAGUGCAGGAUGUCUGGAGAGUGCCAGAGCUCUGUCAGCAUCUCUGUGGUGGGCGGCAGCAGCUCCGUGGGAGGUGGAUAUGGCAGCGGAUUGUGCCUUGGAGGAGGAGGAAUUGGCUUUGGAAGUGGGAAAGGCAGCUGCAGCACGGGCGGUGCUGGUUUAUGCUUCAGCCUGGGAGGGGGUGGAUUUGGUGCUGGGGGUGGAUUUGGCUCCCUGGGUGGGGGAUCUAACUCAGUGGUGGUGGGAGGAUCUGGCACCAUCCUGAAGAACAGCGGCCCCACCAACAGGAGGGCAUAGGAAAGGGAUCAACCCCCCGGCAUCCAGAGGAGAAAGGAAGCAAAUUGCACAAUGACCCCCCGAUGACCACUGAGUGAUGGGCACUGAUGGCCCUUAAACCAUCACUCAAACUGUGGCUAGGAGACAAACAUGGCCAAAUCCACCUGGUAAGGACUGAGAUUCCCAACAGCAGCCGAGAACAGCUCAAUCCCUUGUGCUCCCCUCCAGUUGCUGGACAUCAAGGUGCCUAGCUCUCCUCUGGGAGCGGGACCUGCCCAUUCAUGGGGAGCCCCAAACCUGACUGGGAUGAGCCCAGCACCCUCCGAGCAAGAGGCGCCCGAGCACAAGCAGGAGCUGGGAUGGAUCCGAGCGCAGCUCCCGGUGCAAAGGGAAGCCUCGGCUUCUCUCAAGCUCUUGUGCUGGAUCCAGCCGUGGUGCAACUUUAAUCAGCGUCACUCAUCAGCCGCAGCUCGAGCUCCAAAACAGGAAUUUCCUCCUGGUGCCUUGGCCCAACUGAAGAUGUUUCUCACCCAACUGACUUUCAGUUUGCUUUUUCUCCCCAAGUUUCACUCGUGCUGUUGUAAAAUGUUUAUUUUUACUCAGGAUUCACCUUUUCCUUGGGACCAUGGGAACAAUCAUGUGUGUUUGCUUAAGCCUUUCUCCUUGGCAUGUGCCAUCCCCCAAUAAACACAAGAGGCAGAAACCUGGUGUGGUUUUCUCCCCGACCAA